CAGGGGGUUGGACUGGAUGGCCCAUUAGGUCUCUUCCAACUCUAUAGUUCUAUGAUUCUAUGAUCUGAAUUCUGUUUGUAGAUCAACCUAUCAGGGAUCUCUCUGGUUAUCUAGUCAUUUUUCUUAUGGUACAAAAGGUAAGAUUCUCUUGAAUAAUUAUUAUAUUAUUUCACCACACCUCCCCACAUACACACAGGGUAUUUUGUUGUAAUUAGUAAGCUAAAUUUAGAAUGAGAAGUGUUUGUUAACUGUAAUGUACACUGAUAUUUUCCCUUGCAUUUUUUGGAUACUUCAGACUAUUCAACUUGUUUACCAGGUGAAACAUUGUGUACAUGUGUAUAUCAAAACUAGCAAUCCAUCUUUAAAACUACUUUCAGUUACUUAAAAAUUGUCACCUUUCUCUAGGCUUAUUUAAUUUACCAUUAAAGGCCCCAUCAACAAAACUUCCUUUACGUCACAUCUUGCUUGGCAUCCUGUAUGACAGAGCCGGAAUUUUUACAUCAAUAUCGCAUUAGUACAAGAUCUGGGAAGUGGUAUGUAUAUGUGCUCUUUCCAUUACACAUGUGAGAGGGGUUAAUUCUGACAUUAGGAAUAUAUCUGUAACUAAUAUCUCUAAUGGUUUUGCAACAAACAUCUUCCUAACAGUCUGCCUACAAUUGCAUUUAGAAACUGCAUCAGCAUAUUCCAUAAUUAAGGUAGGUUGGGAAAUUCAUUUGUGUAAGUAAGGAAUAUAAAAAUACUAGCUGUGCCCGGCCACGCGGUGCUGUGGCGAAGUAUGGUGGUAUGGGAAAUAAAGUAUUGAGGAAUUGGUGGUAGUUAAGGUCAAGGGUAAAGGUUUUCCCCAGACAUUAAGUCCAGUUGUGUCUUACUCUGGAGGUUGGUGCUCAUCUCCAUUUCUAAGCCGAAGAGCCGGCGUUGUCCGUAGACUCCUCCAAGGUCAUGUGGGAUGACUACAUGGAGCAGCGUUACCUUCCCGCUGGAGCAGUACCUAUUGAAGCACUCACAUCUGCAUGUUUUCGAACUUCUGGGUUGGCAGAAGCUGGGGCUAACAGUGGGGGCUCUCUCCGCUCCCCCAAUUCAAACCUGUGGCCUUUCGGUCCAGAAGUUCAGCAGCUCAGCGCUUUAACACGCUGCGCCAUCAGGGGAUAUUAUUUCCUAAAGGUUGUGAAUAUACAAUAUUUCUGAUUGGUUUUUUUUGUUUGUUGGAGGCAAGUAUGAAUGCUGCAAUUAGGAAAAAUGAUUAGGAUGUAAUGGCCUUGCAGCUUUAAAGCCUGGCUGUUUCCUCCCUGAGUGAAUUUUUUAUUGGGAGGUGUUAGCUGGCCCUGAUUGUUUCCUGUCUGGAAUUCCCUUGUGUUUCAGAGUGGUGGUGUUUGCGAUAUUUUAUGUGCUUCUACUGUCUGUGGCCCUGAGAAAACAGAGGAUUUGCCAGACUUUGAUUAUGGGAAUACUUUGUUGGGAGGUGUUAGCUGGCCCUGAUUGUUUCCUGUGUGGAAUUCCCCUGUUUAUUUACUGUCCUGGUUUUAGAGAUUAUAUUGUUCUGCAUUAUUCUAUCCCAGUAAUUAUUUCAUAUUAAAGAAGAAUCUCACUUAUCCAACAUUCGCUUAUACAAUGUUCUGGAUUAUCCAACGCAGUCUGCCUUUUCAUAAUCAAUGUUUUUGUAGUCAGUGUUUUAAAUUCAUUGUGAUAUUUUAGUGGUAAAUUUGUAAAUACAGUACAGUAGAGUCUCACUUAUCCAACAUAAACGGGCCGGCAGAACGUUGGAUAAGCGAAUAUGUUGGAUAAUGAGAAAUUAAGGAUAACCCUAUUAAACAUCAAAUUAAGUUAUGAUUUUACAAAUUAAGCACCAAAACAUCAUGUUAGACAACAAAAUUGUCAGAAAAAGUAGUUCAGUACACAGUAAUGCUAUAUAGUAAUUACUGUAUUUAUGAAUUUAGCACCAAAAUAUCACGAUAUAUUGAAAGCAUUGACUACAAAAUUGCUUUGGGUAAUCCAGAAUGUUGGAUAAGCGAGUGUUGGAUAAGUGAGACUCUACUGUAAAUACUACAUAGCAUUACUGCGCAUGGAACUACUUUUUCUGUCAAAUUUGUUGUAUAAUAUGAUGUUUUGGUGCUUAAUUUGUAUAACGAUUACCUAAUUUGAUGUUUAAUUGGCUUUUCCUGAAUCCCUUCUUAUUAUCCAACAUAUUCACUUAUUCUGGCGGCCUGUUUACGUUGGAUAAGUGAGACUCUACUGUAUAUUUCUAAUCUUAUAUUAUCUGCUCAGAACUGGAUUAUAUGAGGCUCCUUCUUCACAGCUGUAUAAAAUGCACACUGAAGUGGAUUAUAUGGUAGUGUGGAGUCAAGAUAAUCCAGUGCAAAGCAGAUAAUAUAAGAUUAUAAAUGGGUUAUAUAGCUGUGUUGAAGGGCCUUGAGUCUACACUGCCAUAUAAUCCAGUGCAAAUUAGAUAAUCUGUGGAAGAAGUCUAAGUGAGGCCUAAAUCUGCCUGUCCCCUAACUGAAACCUGGCUGUCCCUUGGUUGCUAGGCAACCAAGUGGGCAGAGAUUAGCCCUCUAAACUGGCAGCAAUUGGAUAAAAAAAUUAUUGCUCUCCCUCUAAUUAGGACUUUAUUUUUCUUUUCUUUUUGUUGUAUCAACCUUGAGGCGUGGAUGAUGGGUUGUGUUGUCAAAUUUUGAGGUUGGGGGGCCUGUACUUUUGUUGUUUUGUGAAUCGCCGUGAUGCCAUCACUCUUUUAUAUAUAUAGAUCUACAAAUCAUGAAUGAUUCAAGGGAUUUGCUUAGCAUUCACUUUGGGGAACUUGAGUUUGAGACAGAAGGGGGGAAAAGAAAGUAAAUACAAGGUAAUUUUGCUCAAAGUUUUAUAUUUAUAAUCAGCAACAGUGGUGGCAUAUUGAUAUUUCAUAGAAUCAUAGAGUUGGGAGAGACCUCAUGGGCCAUCCAGUCCAACCUCCUGCCAAGAAGUAUAAUAAUAAUAAUAAUAAAACUUUAUUGAUACCCCACCACCAUCUCCCCAACGGGGACUCGGGGCGACUUACAUGGGGCCUUGCCCAGGACAAUACUGAUAUUUAAUUCAGUAGUAGGUGAAAUUUCCAAUAUUACAAGGCAAUUGUAUUUUCUUGGUGAUGUUUACAUAACUAAUUGCCUAUUAUUCAUAUUUCAGUUAAAGGAUUCUACAAAAUAUGAAGCUUAAUAGAACGUCUGUGACGGAAUUCCUUCUCAUGGAAUUUUCUGAUGACUACGGAAUGCAGAUUUUGCAUUAUGUGAUGUUUCUUUUUGUAUAUAUAAUAGCCGUCGUGGGCAAUUUGAUCAUCCUUUUAGCUGUGGUUCUCAACAACAAUCUUCAGACUCCCAUGUAUUUUUUCUUGGCCAACUUGUCACUGUCAGACAUUUGCUUUAUCUCAACCACAGUUCCAAAAUCUAUAGCUACUUCUGUGGCAAACAACAGACUGAUUUCUUUUGCUGGAUGUGUAGCUCAGGUUUUCCUAGUUAUUACCUUUACAGGUUCUGAGUCUACUUUGCUAACAAUCAUGGCUUAUGACCGCUAUGUAGCAAUUUGCAAACCUCUGCAAUAUAACAUAAUCAUGAAUAGAGCUGUAUGCAUCCAAAUGACAGCAGCUUCUUGGAUAUUCAACUUGGUUCAUGCAGCAUUGCAUACCAGUAUGACUUUUCUGUUAAAUUUCUGUGGGUCCAAUUUUAUUCAACAAUACUUCUGUGACAUUCCUCAAUUACAAAAGAUCUCUUGCACUGAUACCAGAACUCACCAAAUUCUGAUUUUUGCCCUUGGCAUGAUUCUGGACUCAUCUAUUGGUGGAUCUAUCUUUGUUUCUUAUGGUUACAUUUUAUCUGCUGUGCUAAGGAUUCCAACAGCUCAAGGCAGGUACAAAGCUUUCUCAACCUGUACUCCCCACUUGCUGGUCUUUACUUUAUUUAUGGUCACUGCUGUAUUCUCUUAUAUGAGACCGAAAUCACUUUCUUCUCCUACAGUGGAUCUUAUCUCGGCAGUUUUGUAUACAGUUUUGCCUCCAGUUCUGAAUCCCAUCAUUUAUAGCCUCAGGAACAAAGACAUCCAGGAGGCUAUGAAGAAAAUGCCAAAGCAAAUAAAACAGCUCCUAACAUGAGUGAAUAGACAGCAUCUUACAGAAUACCUCUGCCCAUGCCUGAUCUUUGUGGGGCUUUAAAAAAAUUAUGUUUCUCAUCCUCAGUUCAAUCCUCAAAAUGUAAUCAUAAUAUGUGAGUAUUCUUCAAAUAUAUUAGAGACUGCAUGUUUGAUUUUGAGUAAUUAUGGAUACAUAGAAUGUAGAAAUGAUCUUUGCACAAGUAGCAUUCUCCUUGCAUAAUAUUUGGAUACUGUAUUUUCAACUGUUCAGAAUAAUUACCUGAAAUGUAAUUCUACUACAGAGACACUUUCCCACUGUAGAAAUGAACCAUGUAUUCAAUUUUAUGUGUAUAUACUAGUCAUCUUGAUCUGUGUAUCAACAUUAAACCCAUUUUAAAAAAUAUUUUUGCAUUAGAUUUUGAUGUAAAUGCUUCCUGAGAAUCACAUUUUUCAUUUUAAUGUUGAGUAGAUGUGACUCUUGCUUGACUGAUUCUUGAUAUGGGACAAGGAGAGAGACUUUUGUUGAAAGCGUUUUUCCCUCUGAUAAUGUUUUGAAUGUUUGUAAUUGUCUUAUGUUUUAUCUAUGUAUUUUAACUAUGUUAUACUCUUGAUGAGAGGCGGAUAACAAAUAAAUAGUAACAAUUAUUAUUAUUAUUCUUUUCAAUUUUCCUAACUGCUAUCCCCUUCCUUGACUUUCCAUUAGUGAAUGAAUUAUAUCCCUCCACCUCAAGGCAAUGGACAGUACAGGGGCUGCUUUGCCUGGAACUGCCUCAGUGUGAUUUGAAAGAAAGAAGAAAGGAAGAAAUCACAAUCCAGUUCCCUCACAGUCUCCUUGGUUCUUUGGCUAACCAUUGUCUCAUUCUAUUUUUUACCAAAUCAGUUAGCAAGUUAAGAAAAGUUAAUAAUUAUUAUGUCAAGCAUGAUGAUUGUUUUGACAAGCUAACUGAUUAAACCAUGUGGUAAUUUUAAACCUAGAUCCUAUCUGAUGUUCCAAUCGUAGCACUACAUUAUGGAUGAUGAUUUGUACACCUCCCACCGCGCACACACGAGUGAGCAUAAAAUAACAAUGUAAAUAAUACUGAUCAACUCAAAAAGUAAUUAAAUAAAUAAUUCACUCAUGCCCUCCAC